GAAGAAGAAGAGAGAGAGAGAGAGAAACUUUGAAGCUUGGGGAAGCAGGCAUGUGGAUGAGUGGGGGACACACCAAACUCAUCAAUUGAACCCUGCUGAAAUUAUUCAACUUCUGACAGUAAAAGAAGCAUAAAGCAAAGCAAACAUACAAGUCCCCACCUCUUUUUUUUUUUUUUUUUUUAAAUUAUAAGAAAAAAAAAAGUUCAACCUUUGUGCUUACUUAUUAUUGUUGAACUACAUUUUAGUCAGUGAGGAAAGAAACAUCAAGGGUAUUUGAAGAAGAACAAGAAGAGGCUGAAAUUUGAAGACUUGAAGGCCAUUCACUACAAGCUCUCAAAAGGAUUGAAGCUUUAUCUAUCAUAGAAUAUAUAUAUAUAUAAAAUAUAUAUUUUAUUUUUAUCAAAAGUUAUGCCUAGACCAGGUCCAAGACCUUAUGAGUGUGUUAGAAGAGCUUGGCAUAGUGAUAGACACCAACCCAUCAGGGGUUCUCUUAUUAAAGAGAUUUUCAGGGUCGCGAAUGAGAUUCAUAGUUCGUCUACUAAACAGAACAAAGAAUGGCAAGAGAAGCUCCCAAUUGUUGUGCUCAGAGCUGAAGAAAUUAUGUACUCUAAAGCCAAUUCUGAGGCUGAAUACAUGGACCUAAAGACACUCUGGGAUCGAACAAAUGAUGCCAUCAAUACGAUCAUUCGACUCGAUGAAAGCACCGAAACUGGCGAGUUUAUUCAGCCUUGUAUUGAAGCUGCUCUCAACUUGGGGUGUACACCAAGAAGAGCCUCAAGAAGCCAACGAAAUUGUCACCCGAGAUGUUACCUGACUCCCAACACUUCAGAGGUCCCAUGUGUAUCUCCAAACUUGUUGGAAAAUGUUGCGAGUGGUUCAAAUCUUUUGAGAACCUCGAACCAUCUCAGGUCUGACUCUAGAAGCAAUUUUAUCCAAAACAACAUUUGUACUGCUAUGUUUUCGCCUGCAUCCGAAAACAUUCCCCCAUCUAACUAUGAGCAACUCCUAGCCCUUAGUAAUUAUAAAGCAUCUAACUCAUUUUCAGCAUACCCUCUUUAUUAUGGAAAUGACCCCCAGUUUGAACAACUUUGGCAAGAUGUCGUUCUCCUUCCUAAACUGACCAGUGAUCCUUUAAAAGGCUCUAAAGUGGAUGUGAUCCAGAAUCUCUCCUGUCAUGAAGAUGCUUCGUUGAAGAACACAGAACCAAAUAAGAUAGAUGCAGCUGAUAGACAAUGCAAGAUUGGGUGUGAUCUGUCUUUGCGAUUGGGCCCUCUAAGUGUUGAGAAAACGCAACCCCAAGCUAUCAGAGACGUUAGUUCCCAAGAGGGAGGCAACUUUUGUUACCAAUUACCAUUAUUGGAGAAAGGGUUCUCCUUAUUUCCUAGAGGCAAUGCAUGCCAGGAAUUAGGCUCGUACAAGAGUGUAGAAGCAGCCGUGAGAAAACGGAAGGCAGCUUUUGAUAGCGGAAUGGAGGAUCAGCAGUUUUGUUUGAACCCAAAUCUUCCUUUUAUCCACUUGAGUGGAAAUAUGAGAAAUGCAGGAUCAUAAGUUUGAUUCAGUAAGUUACCUCAACCUCUUGGAAUAGCUUGGCUAAUGUGUUCUGCUGAAUCUUUUUUUCCCUUGGUUUUGGGGGCAAUUUUGUUGUACUCGGGAUGUGUUUGCACCCAAGGGCUGCCAGACUAGUUGCUACGUAGGAAGGUGAGAUGUAAAUAUUGAAUGAUGGUGAAUUAGAUAGCUAAAUGUUAGAACUAACAGUAGAGACUUUUAUUAGCAUAUUAUGUACUAACAGAAUGUUAAUCUAAACAUUCUGAAAUACAGUUCUUUACGUUUUAGUACGGUGAUAUUGUUGUAGAAAGCUGCUUUAGAACAGCUUCACAGAGCUACAAGUUAGUAGUAGCUGAGAUUUAUUAGUGUCCUUAGCUGUCAAAUAUCUAGUUAGUUUAUGUCUAUCUUUGUUUGUCUUCCUUCUAUUGUAAUGUAUCACUGAGUUAAGUCGCACUUAUUAUCUUCUUUAGAUAAUGUAUGAUGCAUCUGAUCUGGAUUAUUUGUUA